ACUGCCCUAAGGCCGCCUGGCCUGGGCUGAGACGCUGGGUGGCUGUUGGGCUGCGUCUGGUUUCAGGAGAGGCGCCAGGCCCAUGAUGCCCCAAUCCCCGAUCUCCACCCGAACAGAAGCAGCGCCGCCGCCGUCUUCAACCUCAGCUCCUCGGCUGCUCGGCCUCGCUCGUCGCGUCCUCUCGAGACGCCAGCUCCGGAGUGGGGAACGGGUGCUCGGCCACAGGGACCUAGGGCGGCCGCCCUAGUGGUGGCUCCGCCUCGAACUUCUGGCCUGGUCGGUCGGCCCGGCCCCUGGUGAUGAGCCACCGGAGACGAUCUCGCGCUGCCGGCUCGCCGCCUGGCGACGCCGGUCCGGCCCCUACGCCGGAGAAGUCGGGGCGGAUUCAGCCGAGGGCGGUGUUGGGGUCGGACCGGAGGGUGCUGGCGCUCGCGCUGGCGUUCCGCGCAGCCAACGCGCUGCUCGUGCGCACCUACUUCAACCCCGACGAGCACUGGCAGUGCCUCGAGGUCGCCCACCGCGUCGCCUUCGGGUAUGGUCACCUUACAUGGGAGUGGAAGCGGGGGCUGCGAAGUUACCUCCACCCGUUGAUCUUUGCUGCGCUCUACAAGAUCCUGGCGCUACUCCACCUAGACACUCCAUGGGUUAUGGUAACAUGUCAGCUCUAGCAGAGCAUCAAUUCAAUUGCUGGGAGGAUGGUGAAUAGUCACAAGCCUCUGGGGCUAGAAUUGUCAGGGACCAUGAUUUCUAUUUUCUAGGGGUGAUGGCUCCCCGUCUCCUGCAAUCUGUGUUUGCAGCUUUUGGAGAUCUCUACUUGUAUAAAUUUUCCAAACUUAUUUUCAAUGGUCAGGUUGCCCAGUGGGCAUUAUUUUCCCAGUUGGUUAACUGGUUCAUGUUUUUCUGUAUCACGCGGACUCUAUCAAACAGCUUGGAGACUGUUUUGACUGUGGCUGGACUCUAUUACUGGUUUACUGCAAUAGAGUCUUCCAAGGCAACCUCAAUCGUUUCAAAGCAGCAUGCUGUCUGUGAACAAAGUGCCUCAUCAAGAAAAGUGGCUCUUCUGAUAGCAGCCUUGUCCUGUGCCAUUCGACCAACAAGUGCUGUAACAUGGCUAUAUGUUGGUCUUUUGGAUUUUAUUCAGAUGAAAUCAAAAUGUCGUUUUGUCCUUCUUGAUGUCAUUCCAAUAGGGGCCAUUGUCCUUGCAGUAACAACACUCCUUGAUUGGUGGAUGUUUGGUUCCCGUGUUAUAGUACCACUUAAUUUUUUGAAAUUCAACCUCUUCUCUUCGGGAGGAGACUACUAUGGAACACAUGUCUUCCACUGGUACUUUACACAGGGUUUUCCAUCCAUGAUUUGGACAUUCUUACCAUUUGCAAUGUACGGUAUUGUAAAGUCUCGGGAAUGGAGACUUUCAGGUCUAAUUGCUUGGGUAUUAGGGGUUUACAGCAUACUUGGACACAAAGAAUUCAGAUUUGUUCUUCCGGUGCUACCUUUAGCAUUGAUGUUCUCAGGUUACUGCUUAGCUGCCAUGUCACAACUCAAGGCCAAAAAUCAGCAUGGGAAAAGAAGCCUUUCAAGGUUGCAACUUUCUGUUAUUCUUCUUGUCAUAACCAAUGUUCCCAUGUCCUUAUAUAUGUCCUUAUUCCAUCAAAGGGGAACAGAAGAUGUUAUGUAUUAUUUGUCAAAAGAAGCCCAUGAUGGAAGAGUGAAGAGUGUCCUCUUUCUCAUGCCUUGUCACUCAACACCUUACUACUCAACCUUACAUUACGAUCUACCUAUGCGCUUUUUGGACUGCACUCCUAGUGAUAACAAAGGGACCUUGGAUGAGUCAGAUCGUUUCCUUACAAGUCCAUCUGAGUUUGUGGGUGGGGUUUUUGGAAAUUUAUCUACAUUCAGUCACAUUGUAUUAUUUGAGUCUGAAGAAAGACACGUUCUUCAGUUGCUUCUGCACAAUUCCUUUCUUGAGGUGAGGAGAUUUUUCCACUCCCAUUUCAAGGUUGACAGAGACCUUCAGUCGUCUGUUGUGGUUUAUUCACGUAGGGAUGUGUUAUGAUUUAGUAUUGAUCUGGCAGAAAAGGCCUGUUAGCUCGUCUAACAAUCUCCACGUGUUUCAUGUUGUUUUAGUUUUUCAUUUGAGAAAUGAGCUGUGUUGUUCCUUUUUUAUUAGGUCCAGUUAGCUGGGGUUGUCAGGUGGAGGGGCCCCUCCCUCUUUGUUCUUGCUUUUCGUUUGUGUUGGGGGCUUCGUCGGUAAUCCAUGGAUUACUUGCGAAUCCUUUGUAUCGGUUACUUUGCCGUUCCUUCGGCUCUUCUUCUUAAUGAAAAACGCGUGAAGUCGCGAUCUCGGAAAAAAAAAGAAAUGAGCUGUAACACUGUUGGAUACUUCUGAUAUCUUGACCCCUUGAAACAAGACGUUAUAUUACUUGUA